CCACCAUGCAUUCCGGGCCUCUAUUCUUGGUGCCUUGGCUAUGGUUCUUCAGUCCCUGGCGCCUCGUGAAUGCACACUGUACGUUACCUUCAAUGGCAUGCAUUCACGCACACCUCGUCCCCCAUGCAAGCUGACCUCCCGGUUCUACGCGGAUUACAGAUGUUUUCAGCCGUUUCAUGUUCAACAACACUGUGACCGAGCAAUGGGAAUACGUUCGCAACAUAACGGCCGGCUUCGCCGCCGAUGACGCCCUAGCGCAAGACCAAUACAUGCCCUACUACGACAUCUACGACGCAAAUAUACGCUGCGGCCGGGGCGCCGCAACAUCCGGCCCAGGCACCAGAACCGCCACCGUGCUCGCCGGCGACGAAGUGGGCUUCGUAGUAGGCCGGAGUGCAGACGAGCCUCUCGAACCUUACAUCAUCUACCACAACGGCCCCGGCCAAGCGUACUUAAGCAGGUCGCCGACAGAUGAUUUGGAUGGGUAUGAGGGAGACGCGGAGUGGUUUAAGAUAGCUUACCUCGGGCCCAAAAACGACUCCUACUGGCUCACGCGCGACCAGACUGGCAUGAACUUCAUCCUUCCCCGCACAACACCACCAGGGAAAUAUAUCCUGCGAGUCGAACAUCUCUACGUGCGUCCCGCCUUCAACACGACGCAAUUCUACAUCGCGUGUGCGCAGAUUGAAGUUCUGGGGCCGGGGGGAGGGAGUCCGGGACCGCUGGUGAAGUUUCCGGGGGCGUAUAAUUUGUCGGAUCCCGGUAAGUUAUGUCAUCGUUGUGCAGCUGGACCGUGACUGAUGGAGAGGGGGACACAGGGAUCUGGGUUCCAGAGCACAUCUAUGAGUGGCCGGAGACGGGGCUGUUGGGGUAUGUGCCGCCGGGGCCGCCUGUGUGGAGUGGGUAGCGAAGGGUUUGAGGCGGGGAGGGCGAAGG